UAUAAUUUAUGACCACGUGACAAGAAGGAAAAUGGCGUCGAUUGACCUGGGCGCCAUGGCAAAUCAAAACUCGAAUUUUUCAUCGGAUGCAGAUGCACCUGCGUGGCCAACGGAGAAUGGAGUUAAACAAGAGACGGAUCCUUUUGCAUUCAGGAAGAUGAAGUUAGACGAUGUAUCGAGCCAAAAAUUGUGGUACCCUAGCUUAUGUACAUGCGACGACCGAAUGUCUGAUAUUAGUCGAGGGCUUGUUGCCAUGAGCUCCUGCUCUCAGUCAAUCAUGGGGAUGCUAGCGAAUCUAUGGAGAUGUGCCCUCAGGCAGACCAGAUUGGACCCCUUGUGGAGGGACCGGGUGCCAAAAGGGAUCAGAAACCAUUCACAUUACCCAAGCUAUCAUCCUCCCAGAAUGAGCUUAUACAACGAGCAAAGAAGUAUGCUAUGGAACAGAGCAUAAAGAGUGUUUUGGUGAAACAGACCAUAGCCCAUCAGCAGCAGCAAAUGCAGAAUUUCCAGAACACGGUCCAGCGGCAACAGGCCUUGGCGUUGAUGUGCAGAAUCUAUGUUGGCAGUAUUAACUUUGAGAUCAAGGAGGACACCAUCAAGCAGGCAUUCCUCCCCUUUGGCCCCAUCAAGAGCGUAAACCUGUCCUGGGAUCCGGUCACCAACAAACACAAGGGCUUUGCCUUCAUUGAGUAUGAGAUUCCAGAGGCAGCGCAGCUGGCACUGGAACAGAUGAAUGGGGUCAUGAUAGGAGGGAGGAAUAUCAAGGUAGUUGGACGACCCAGUAAUAUGCCACAGGCUCAGCCUAUUAUUGAACAGCUAGCAGAGGAGGCCAAAAAUUAUAACCGUAUUUACAUAGCUUCCAUCCACACAGAUCUCACAGAGACAGAUAUCAAAAGUGUUUUUGAAGCUUUUGGUAAAAUUGUGACCUGUAAAAUCAUCUCGGAAAAUCCAAAAGGCGGAAAACACAAGGGUUAUGGCUUUAUAGAAUAUGAAACAUCUCAGGCAGCCUUGGAUGGAGUGACUUCUAUGAACUUAUUUGACCUUGGAGGUCAAUAUCUGCGAGUAGGGAAGGCCAUCACCCCUCCUGAUGCCCUGCAGCCAGCCUCCGGACCAGGCAGCCUUCCUACAGCAGCAGCAGUUGCAGCUGCUGCAGUGACAGCGAAAAUUACAGCCAUGGAUGCUCAACAACAAUUUAGCCAAGUUCUUGCACCUCCUGGGGUAGCAACACCCACUGGGCUUGGCACAAAGACGCCAGAGCGGGUAGUCUCAGAGCAAGGUGUUGUUGAACCUAGCAGUCUCCACGGGACCACACUUCCAAUGGGGGUGGCACCACCCUCAAUCCCUCCCCCUGGCAUUGUGACUCCAGUAUCGGGAGCUGGUAACAUCCAAAUACCCCAGAUGUCGGGUCCCCCAUUACAGAUCCCCCUACCUCCUGGGGCACUUAGUCCGUUUCAUGCACAGCCACCCAAAGAGGAGGAGAAAAAGAAGAAGCCAACUGAGGAGGAUGUUGCCCAGACCCUCGACCAACAAGAGAACAUGAAGAUCAGUGGCAGUAACGCCAGGCAUAUGGUCAUGCAGAAACUGAUGCGCAAAUCAGAUUUUCGAGUCAUGGCGUUGCGAAACAUGGUUGGACCAGAAGAUUUGGAUGAUGAACUCGAAAAUGAGGUUACAGACGAGUGUGGAAAAUAUGGUGUUGUGAAUCGUGUAAUUAUUUACCAGGAAAAACAGAGUGAAGCGGAGGAUGCAGAAAUAAUUGUUAAAAUAUUCGUGGAAUUUUCAAAUCAAAGUGAAGUGGAAAAGGCGUGUCAAGCAUUAAAUGGAAGGUUUUUUGGUGGACGAAUAGUAACUGCAGAGAAAUAUGAUCCAGACAUGUUUAAUGCGAACGAUCUCUCAGGAUGAGUGCAUAAUAUUUCGUUGGUUUUUUUUUAUAAAAAGAACACUUUAAUAUAAGAAUCGGGCAAAAUCCAUAACCUGUCACAAUUCCUGAAUAUCCAUGAGAACAGGAUGGAACAUGACUUCCAAGGACAGGGGAUGAGGUGUGCGAGCUUAGGAGUAGAUGUGUAUCUCCAAUAUGUACACAGUUCAACCUCUCUUAGGUUCAUAGACUCCAGGCUCUGUGAUGCAGCCAAGUACACCAGUACAAAGACAUCUGCCAGAGGCUGUUCACCUGUACACUACAUAAGAUUCCAGGAUUUCAUGUUUCUUGGUACAGAAAUACAAAAACUAACAAACAUGUUAACAUCUCCUAGACCGAGUAGCAGGUAGAUUCUGGCCAUGGGUAUCGGCAAAGACCUUGACUCCCCACAGCACUGACAGGUCUUUUGUAGGUAAAAAUAAAACAUCACGCACAUCUUUUGAGGAAGUCGUUACCACUGAUUGUGAUGAGGGACAUCGACUCACCAAGUGCUGGUAGGGUUGGCGAUGUGAGUCAUUGGGCCCGAGUCAUUCAGAUAACCACUCUGGUUAUGAAGGAGAAAGGACUGGGACACCGGUGUGUUGAUGUGAUUUCCAGAUAGUCUGGAACAAGAGAUGCUAUAAAUCACUAAUAUUCGACAGUGAUGCAUAUUUUUGUGUAAAUUUUUGAAUUUCAGUCGUGAAUUAAAAUACCCCAAAUUCUGAAUUCAUAUACUGCAGCACUUUCAAUUUCAUGUGCAUUUAAUUUAGCAAAUUCCCCAUUCUACCCAUAUUCACAAGGACAUCGAUUUGUGUUCAUGUAUGACAGGCAUAAAAACUUAUUCAUAUGUAGAUACUUUCAUUGAUGAUUAAUGCUAAAAUUUACACAAAAAUGUAAGUAAUCGGCAGUAUUUGUUAGUUCAUAAAGGUAUACAUGAUGUGUUGAAAGUAAGAUGUAAGCACUGUAUGUGUUGACAAUACCUGAUGUAUGUGUCUGAUGUAAAUAACUGUGUGUUUUGACAAUGAACAUGAUGUAUGUUGAGUGUAAGAAGGGAGACAGUUUAUCACUAUUCAUUUUGUGCUUGAGUAAAAUUCGUUCUACAGAUGGAACAUGAAAGUGAAUCCUUGAAGUGGGAUUUGAGAAAAUUCUAAUGCUUCUUUUUAACCAAGUGUGUAGUUUUCAAGUUUUAAAGAUGAACAACAUUUCAUUGUAGGCCACAAUCAUCAGAUUUCAUUGGAGACCGGUAUCAAACUAGUUGUUUUUCUCACAAGGUUGUUAAUGGUCUGAUCUGGAUGUAAACAUUUUAAAGCAUUUUCACCUAUGUCAUGAACAAAUGUUGAUCUGAAUGUGUAUUUGCUAGUGAGUGUGUGUGUGUGUGUGUGGAUGCUAUGGUACAAGCUAAUUUUAAUACUUAGACCAGUCUAAAGGGCCAUUAGGGCAUGCUUCCUUCAAAAAAAUUCUCAUGUUUGUAUAAAACAAUCAAUGAUGUGUAGUUGAGGUCUUUUCUUCUGUUAUUUGAAGAUCAAUACAUGAAUGUAAUUUUCUACAAUGUAAUUUGAUCAUACAUUUUUUCUCUACAUAGGGUCAUUGGUGCAAGUUAAGAAGUGGUAAAACAUGUAAAUUGUGUUGGUAUACACAUUUUAAUGAGUUUUACCCAGGUAAUCUAUUACUUCAUACCGUAAAAACAACAUUUAGAAAACAGUUCCUUUACCAAUUGAAGGUUGAAAUAUAUAGCAGAUUUUAUUUUGGAUAUCACAUUUUUCAUUGGUUCAUGGAUAAAUUGGAAUAUAAUGUUAUGUAAACAUCCUUGAUUUACACACACACAAAAAGGCUAAGAUUCUUGUACAUGUAAUUAAACAUUUUUUGUAAUAUUUUCGUGUAAUAUUUUGAAAUUCCAGUACAUUUUCUGAAGCCAAAAGUUUUUCCUAAAAAAAAAAAAAAAAAAAAUGUGUGAAGGUUAGUUCAAAUCAACAGUUUAAGCACUUUUUUUAUUCAACAAAUAAAUUUUCAUCUGUUCACUUAACUAUGUAUGUACUAUGUACACAAUGUUUAGAGAGAAGAUGACUUGCCUUUUAACUGGUAAUGAACAAAUUAACGAUUGUACCAUUUGUUCAUUGCUACAAAUCCAUUUGAACAUGAUUCUUUUUAGAAAGUUUGAAGUGAUAACAACUUUAUAAUAAUGAAAAUUUCAAUACUCUAAUUUGUUCAAACUGAGCAGAGGUUUACUUUCUCAUGUUUUCCUUUGUUACAAGUUGAAGAAAGUUGAAUCCAAGGGAAAAUUAUACUUCAAUCUGCAAUUCUUAAUGCCAUCAAGAAAUGAAAUCACCCUAAGAUGGUGACUGUCUUUGUCAUUGAAACUGAUAUUGUCUGUUAUUAUAUAUGCAUUUUUCCUGUGGAAAAAUGUCAGAAAUUGUUACUUAAUAAAAAAUAUAAUUGUU